AAUGCAGUUCGGCACAACCUAAGUCUACACAAAUGUUUUACUCGUGUUGAGAAUGUAAAGGGGGCAGUCUGGACUGUUGACGAGCUUGAAUUCUACAAACGUCGCCCCCAACGUCUCCAGGACCGAAUUUCAGGUGGUUUACAGCUUUCAUCUCAAACUCCAUCAUUAGUUCAGGGCCAGUCACAAGGACAGAUAAGAAGUCCGCCAUUGCAACAAAGUCCUGGCCUUUAUGGUGAAAGUUUGAAUGCGUCAUUACAAGCAGCUUUAGCUGAAAACAAUCUUUCCUUCCUGAACCCAUCCAUGGUUAGCAACAACAUGACAUCAAAAACUCCAUCAUCUACUCCAACUCCUACAUCCACGCCAAAUACCACAGCACCUUCAUUUUCUGGGUCUAUAGGUAUAUUAAAUGAUACAGAAAGAUUCAUGGUAGAUGUGGUCAGUCAAAGUAUAACCAGUUCUACUGGCACUAUCCAUAACAAUAAUACUGUAAUAAUAAAACAAGAGCCAGAAUCAGAUGAACCUGUGGGAGUCACUACAACUAGCCAAGACGAUAUGUCUGAAGAUAUGGAAGAAGAAGAAGAAGAAGCUGAAGAUCUCUCCCUUUCUUCAUCUGUGGCAUCCGAGCCACCAGCAGCAGUCUGUCCAUAGGUCAGAUAGAAUCUGCUAAUUUAAUCAUAGCCUCUAUAAGAUGGCUUGUACAUGUCUGUAUUAUGUGGCCCUGUCAAGGACAAUUUUAACAAAAACCAAGUUUGAAAUUCCCAUCAAUGUUCUUAGAGCUGCAGCUUCAAGCAGAAGUCUUCUCCGGCCAAAAAUAACAACAACCCAUAAUGAUACCUCGCUGUUGCUAUACCUCAUCACAAGUGACCUGUCUCUCUCUCUCCUGUGUGGUUCCUUAUACAUCACCUCAAGAGCUUACACCUCUUUCAGCUCCAAGGGGACACUGUAAUGUUCCUGCCAUCUGUUGCCACUGCAUUCAAAGUGCAGGACUUAAUGAACAAGCAAUGGCUGUCCAAGUCACUUCCUAAUAAUAUAGAGUUGCACUCUGAGAACACUUCCAUUGCACUGGUUUUAGUGAUGUGAUAAAAGUUGGUGAACUCUUUUGAGAGCAAGGUUGCUCUGCAGUAGAUAUAUAAUUUGUAUUAAACAGCAUGUUCUAUAAGAACAUAACAUACAUACAAAACAUACAUGCAUACAUAUAUAAAUAUACACACAUAACAUAUAUAACACACUUUCACUAUUGUAGAAAAUUAAAAAUAAGCAUUCCUGGUGCCACAUCUUUUGUUCAUAGUAUUUUGCAAGUAUGAGUGAACCAAAUAACAUCCUGUUGUGACACAGUUACUGUCAAGCCAAGUUCGUCUAUUGUGUUGUUCUAAGCUACAAAAUAUGUAAGAUAACUUUUGCAACCAAAAAAGAAAAAAUAAUGUGUUUUGUUCUCUACUAAAGCUUUUUGAUUUAAUAGAAUAUUUUUAAGGAGCACACUGCAUUUUAAUGCAGAAAUUAAAUAUUUUGUUUUCUGAGAAAACUUCAAAUUUGAGCUGUCUAAUGUUAUGAUAGAUUUUAAUUUGUAAGCGCACAAAGUGUUGUUUUAGUGAGCAUGCUGUUACUCUGCACAUAGUGCAGUUUAGUGUAUUUGUGUUUGCCUAAUAUGAUUAUUAUAUAUAAUAAGUUUAUUCAUUCUCAGCAAGCUCUGUGCACUUAGAAUCUUGUUGUAGAGACAAAAUACAAUAGUGUAGAACACACAUAUCAAUCAGUUAAAUAAUGACAGUAAAUAGACAUGGGAGCAAUUUGGAUAUAGUUGUUUUUAGUAUAAAUAUAUAUAAAUAUAUAUAUAAUAUAUUUGUAUACAAAUUGUAUACAGAUACAAGCUUUGUUAAUCUAUUUGCUAUAAGGCAUAAUUCAAAAUAUAGUUUUUUUGUUAAAUUUUUUGGAUUUCAAAGUUUUAAGCUGUGUACAGUGCUAUAAUUAAUUAGAACGUGAAUUGCUACCACGUUCGAAAAUAACAGCGAAUCCAUUACCGGAUAAUUUUUUAACUCGAAGUAUUUUAAAAAGUUCUUUUGAUUACCACAAAAUGUGACUCACCGUCUUUUGUAACAACUGAUUUCAUUUCAGACAUUGAUAUUAUAUAUACAUUAUUGAAAAAAACUGUUUUGAUGUAUAUGGUGACAAAAAUUGUACCAUAAAGCUUGAAAGAAAGGAUAAAAAAAAGCUUAAACAGUCAUUUUUAAUAAUUGGUUCUGAAAACUGUUUGUCAAAAAAUCAUUAAAUCAAGAAUAGUUACAGCAACAGUUAUAUUAAUGAGAACGAAUGAACAAGUGGUGCCUGAUGUUGGUAGAAACCUUUCCGGUUCUUGUUGACUACUUAAUUGAAAUAUUGUGGAGUAGACCAAGCUAUGCCGUAUGUUUCUUGUGUACUUCACAUUGAUGUAAUUUGUCUGUGUUGUAGAAAAAUUGUUGGAAAUAAUGGUAUUUUUGUAGCUUGCAACUAGCCCUAGUGGCCACCUAAUCUGUACAACGGGCAAUGUUUUGUGUCCAGAGAAGAAUCAGUCUUUAAAGAGCUUUGUGUUAAGGUCACAGUUCAUAAUAGAAACUCUCAUUAAAAACAUGAGGGAAAAUAACUAUAGGAAAGUAGUGAUUUGUUGACACAUUUAAACAUGAAAAAGAAAAAAAAAAUUGUAGAAACGGCUCCCUCAUUAUAACACAAAUCUAGUCUUAGAAAAGUUCCUGUAGAUGAUCUUUUUAUUUAUAGCACAAAGCUAAAAACUUUGUAAAAAUAUAUCCCAGUGUGCAGGACAUGGUUAUGUCUUGAGGGAUGAUGUUAGUAGCUUUGAUGUGUGCCUAGCCCUGGUAGGCAGUGGACUGAAAGUAGAUAUACUUGAACUCCCUAUUCUGUAAUUGAGAAUGGGAAAAAAUCACAGCAAUAAAAAACAAAAACUCCAUAGAACAAUACUGUAUGUAGACGUCGAGUUGAACGUUGUAGACCAUUGAUACUUGGCAGCCUCACCGUUGCCACUAGAAAUGUGUAAUCGUAUAAAAAGGACCAAAAUAAAGUAAAUUGAGCAGCAGCCAAAAUGGCUGAGAUCCUGUAA